CUCUCUCUCUCUCUCUCUCUCAAUGAAACACACUAUCAAUGCUAUUAUACAUACACACAGUUUUGUAUGACUCAUAGGCUCGUAUAGAAGGGGACCAAUAGUAUGGCAUUAGAGAGUUAUAAUGAGAUAACCAUUUUAUAUGAUGAGAGUUAUAGUGUGUGAGAGAGAGAGAGAGAGAGCUAUAGUGUGUAUAUGUAUUGUAUGAGAGAGAGAGAGAGACUAUGACUCUCACUGACUGUGACUGUAGUGUCAAGUGUUGAGUGGACUGAAUGACUGACUGUUAUUGUCUGCAUAUAUAUCACUGACUACUGACUACUACUAUAGUGUGUCUGUAAUAAACACCCGCCGAUAAACAACUACUGGUCACCCGAUUGUUAUCGAAGGUCCCGAACCAACCAACCGACCAAUUGGUGACCUAACCGAGUGAUUGGACACAAUAUAGUGUGAAGACAGUGUUUGUGUGUGUGUGUUGUGUUGAUAACCAUCAUCAGCAUCACAACCACCGACGGCAACAACAACAUAACUAACCGGUCGCUCGAAGACGACGACUAAGGAGGAAGAGUAGGAAGAAUAACAAACAAAACGAUGGCAUCGAUUAGAAAAAAGUUGGUUAUUGUUGGCGACGGCGCCUGCGGUAAGACUUGCCUAUUGAUUGUGUUCAGCAAAGACCAGUUUCCCGAAGUGUAUGUGCCGACAGUCUUCGAGAACUAUGUGGCCGACAUCGAGGUCGAUAGCAAACAGGUUGAGUUAGCUCUUUGGGAUACCGCCGGCCAAGAGGACUACGACCGACUGCGUCCACUAUCCUAUCCGGACACCGAUGUCAUACUAAUGUGUUUUAGCAUUGAUUCGCCGGAUUCGUUGGAAAACAUUAUGGAAAAGUGGACGCCCGAAGUCAAGCACUUUUGUCCGAACGUACCGAUCGUUUUGGUCGGCAAUAAGAAAGAUUUGCGCAACGAUUCGAAUACGAUUCGGGAGUUGGCCAAAAUGAAACAGGAACCGGUCCGAUCGGAACAGGGUCGGUUUAUGGCCGAAAAGAUCAACGCAUUCGGCUAUCUGGAGUGUUCGGCCAAAACCAAAGAGGGCGUACGGGAAGUGUUCGAAAUGGCCACUCGGGCGGCACUGCAGGUGAAGAAAAAGAAGAAAAAGCCGUGUCUUAUUGUUUAGUGUUUUAUUAUCAAAAAAAAGGAGAGGUUUUUACCCGAAAAGUGAGGACAGAUAGAGAGGGAGAGUACCGUACGAUAGUGUAGUAGAGAGAGAGAGAGUGUGUGUUUAUGUUUAGUAGUCGUGCACUUUGACAUCGAUAUUAUUAUUAUUAUAUUAUUAUAAUUAUUAUUUUCAUUAUUAUUAAUUAAUUAAUUAACUAUUAUUAUUAUUUUAAUUGAUGAUUAUUAUUAUUAUUAUAUAAGUUAAAUUGAUAAUUAAUUUUUGAUUUGUGGAUAAAUAUCUAAUUCAAUAAUUCAAUUGAUUUUUAU